AUGAUGUUCCCCGGCCUCCUCGCGCCCCCCGCCGGGUACCCCAGCCUCCUGCGCCCCACACCCACCUUAACGCUGCCCCAGUCCCUGCAGUCGGCAUUUUCCGGGCAGUCGAGCUUCCUGGUCGAGGAUCUGAUCCGCAUCAGCCGCCCCCCAGCCUACCUGCCUCGCAGCGUACCCACGGCCAGCAUGUCGCCCCCUAGGCAGGGGGCCCCCACGAAUCUGACAGACACCGGGACCUCAGACCUGGGGAGUCCAGGUCCGGGAAGCCGGCGGGGUGGAUCACCGCAGACUGCUGUCUCCCCUGCCAACGAGCCCACGUUUCUGAAGUUUGGGGUGAACGCCAUUCUCUCCUCGGCGCCCAGAAACGAAGCAUCCCCCGCCUUGCUCCAGAGUGUCCCUCCCAAGACUUUCGCCUUUCCCUACUUUGAAGGCUCCUUCCAGCCUUUCAUCCGAUCUUCGUAUUUCCCAGCGUCCUCCAGCGUCGUGCCCAUCCCGGGGACCUUCUCCUGGCCUCUGGCCGCCCGGGGCAAGCCUCGCCGGGGCAUGCUGCGCCGCGCCGUGUUCUCCGACGUGCAGCGCAAGGCGCUGGAGAAGAUGUUCCAGAAGCAGAAGUACAUCAGCAAGCCCGACCGCAAGAAGCUGGCAGCCAAGUUGGGCUUGAAAGACUCACAGGUGAAAAUCUGGUUCCAGAACCGACGCAUGAAGUGGCGGAACUCCAAGGAGCGCGAACUCCUGUCUAGCGGGGGUUGCCGCGAGCAGACCCUUCCCACCAAACUCAAUCCGCACCCCGACCUCAGCGACGUGGGCCAGAAGGGCCAGGGGGACGACGAGGAGGAAGACGAGGGUCCAGGCAGCCCUCGCCACCGCACAGCCUAUCACACGCCCCCCGACUCUCGGCACCUGCGGGACCCGCGGCUACAAGGGCCGCCACCCCCUUCACCAGCGCACUCGAGCAGCCCAGGCAAACCUUCGGACUUCUCCGACUCCGAGGAGGAUGAGGAGGGCGAGGAGGAGGAGAUCACGGUGUCUUAG